UCAAAAGUCAGCAACAUGGUUCAGUGGACAGAUUUCGAGCGCGCUACCAUUCAGGGCGUCUUCUCCAAGAUCGAUCACAGUUCAGUUGGCCACCAGGCACUGGCAAGGUGUCUUGUGGUGUACCCAUGGACCCAAAGAUACUUCAGUAAAUUUGGAAACUUGUACAACGCCGCUGCUAUUGUGGGAAACUCCAAAGUUGCUGCGCACGGCUUGACUGUAGUCCGUAGUCUGGAGAAAGCUGUGAAGAACUUGGACAACAUCAAGGCCGAAUACGCUGAUCUGAGUGUGCUGCACUCCGAGAAACUGCACGUUGAUCCCGAAAACUUUAGGCUCUUGGCUGACUGUAUUUCCAUCGUCGUUGCCGCUACCAUGGGCGCUAGCACAAGUUCCUGGCUGUCAAGACACUAAAUUGCUGUGCCGGACUGCG